GUGAAGUCUGACAGACUGAGUGUAUCUGUGGUGAUUGGAAAGUUAAUGAGAUAGUUACAAUAGUCACGGUUACAGAUAGAGUUCUGAGAAAGUUGUGCUAAAAAACAUCCUCACAGCAUGAAGGAGCAAUGUCAUUUCAGCAGAAAAGCUAUCAUGGUCUGGUGCUUGGUGCUUAUGGUGCUCACCCAACAGGUAGCUCCCAGUCCUGUUCCAGAGAUAGAGGCCCCCUCAGGCUUCGUGCAGGGAGUUCAGAGGUCACUCAAGAGAAUGGCCCGUAUGACGCCCCUUUGGAGAAUCAUGGGUACUAAACCCUAUGGGGCAUACUGUCAAAAUAACUAUGAAUGUUCCACAGGAAUGUGCAGGAAAGGACAUUGCUGCUUCAGCCAAUCUAUAAAUUCUUCAGAGUGAAAACACUCGUUUUUUCUCCAUGUGACUGAUUAUCGAGAACCCAGACUAUUUAGAAGCAUCAGAUGGAAUUUUACAUAAAGGUCUUACUUGCUGUUGGAGGUAAAAGUAAUGUGCAAUUUAAGGUCAGAAAUUUGGCAAACCAAGUUGUUAAUGUGUAUGUUGAUAGAAAGUGGGGCAAAAAAGUUUUUAAAAGGGCAAAUAACAAGCUUAAUUCAUUAUCAUGCAAUUCCAUAUAUGCAUGAAUUCAUAAUACAAGUAAUUAUUUGGUUUUUCAGUUUAACCACAUGAACCUCAUAACCUACAGUAUAAUACACUAUGUGUGUAUACUAUUAAUGUAUUAUUAUUAUUAUUAUUAUUAUUAUUAUUAUUAUUAUUAUUAUUAUCAUCAUAGUUUUUGUUACAUUUUAUUACAUAUUGCACAUUUAUCAGAUUUUGGGUGGUGCUAGAGAUGGAGUGAUGAAUUAAAUACUGCUAGAGCUGGUAAACACCCAUUGAGCCUUGAACUACUGUAGACUGUUUCCAGAAUCCCAACUCUUGGUAUUAGAUCACGUAAUGUCUGGAUGCUGCACAGAUACAGCUGGCAGGAAGUUGCAUGUACAACCUGGGCAGAUUUUCAACCUGAGGGUCAUUGAACUACAGAUAUCCUUCAGUGGAAAGUGAGCAAGAAUGUGUGAUUACCAGUGCAAAGAUUAAAGACCUUAGAUGAAUGAAAGAAGAUCCUAUGACUGUAGUUUCACAUAUUUCUGUUCUGUUUUCUGGUGUGCUAAAGUUCUCUAUGUUGUAACAUUUUCUGGCUUUUUUAUUUAUGUAAGCUCUGAUACACAUCUGAUCUUUUUCAAACAUCUCACAGAUAUUCUGAUAUUCUUCUGCUGGAUAAUCUAUUUAUUAUAUUAGAUUUUUUUUUUUAUUGCUUUUGAGUGUUUUAGAAAAUGUUCUAAAACUUUAGGUGUGCAGUGACAUCAUUACUGAAUAUUUGAGUGUUCUGAAUGUUUUUAGUUGCUUUUGUGUAUGCUGCUUAUGAUGUUUGAAUGAUACAAAAUUAUGAAAUAAAAUGUUUUAUUAUGA